AAGGUUGUAGAUCGGCGAAAAGCGCAGCUUUGUAUCCACCGCUCUGCCCUCUGGAACGCUUCUCAAGCUCAAGUUCUCUUUGCACUCCGUCUCCUGGGUCGGUUGAAGGGCUUCGGAGCAGGAAAAAAAGGCACUGCACUCUCCACAAUGGCGGCAAUUCUCCGAUCCCUUUUAAAUAAGAAGGCCCCCCUCCAGCUGGGUCGUAUGUGCUACUCAUCCUCCUCAGUGCCCACCACCAAGCUGUUCAUCGAUGGCAAGUUUGUCGAGUCCAACACGUCUGAGUGGCUUGACAUCCACAACCCUGCCACUAAUGAAGUGGUGGGACGUGUUCCUAAAGCUACACAGGAGGAGAUGCUGGCAGCUGUGGACUCCUGCUCCAGAGCCUUUCGCUCCUGGUCCGAGACCUCCAUCCUCAGCCGGCAGCAGAUCUUCCUGCGCUACCAACAGCUCAUCAAGGACAACAUUAAAGAGCUGGCUAAGAUCAUCACUUUGGAACAGGGCAAAACUCUGGCUGAUGCAGAGGGAGAUGUAUUUAGAGGACUGCAGGUGGUUGAACACGCCUGCAGCAUUACAUCCCUCAUGCUGGGGGAAACCUUACCCUCCAUCACCAAGGACAUGGACACCUACACCUACCGCCUGCCCAUCGGAGUGUGUGCCGGCAUCGCCCCUUUCAACUUCCCCGCCAUGAUACCUCUGUGGAUGUUCCCUAUCGGGAUGGUGUGCGGCAACACCUACCUGAUGAAGCCCUCUGAGCGAGUCCCAGGCUGCACCAUGCUUUUGGCCAAAAUGCUCCAGGAUGCCGGGGCACCAGAUGGUACACUCAACAUAAUCCAUGGACAGCAUGCAGCGGUAAACUUCAUCUGUGACCACCCGGCCAUCAAAGCCAUCAGUUUUGUGGGCUCCAACCAGGCUGGAGAGUACAUCUACGAGCGGGGCUCAAAGAAUGGCAAGAGAGUGCAGUCCAACAUGGGUGCCAAGAACCAUGGUGUGGUGAUGCCUGAUGCCAACAAAGAGAACACCAUCAACCAGCUAGUGGGCGCUGCUUUUGGAGCAGCUGGCCAGCGCUGCAUGGCUCUCUCCACUGCUAUUUUUGUUGGGGAGUCUCGUGAAUGGCUUCCAGAGCUGGUGCAGCGCUCUAAAUCGCUCCGCGUAAACUCAGGUGAUCAGCCUGGGGCAGAUGUGGGUCCCUUGAUCACCCCAGAAGCCAAAGCCAGGGUAGAGUCUCUGAUCCAGAGUGGGGUUGAUGAAGGUGCCAAGCUGCUGCUGGACGGGAGAAAUGUUAAAGUCAAAGGAUAUGAAAAUGGAAACUUUGUAGGACCUACCAUCUUAGCUGGUGUUAAGCCCAACAUGAAAUGUUACAAAGAAGAGAUCUUUGGACCGGUCCUUAUUGUCCUGGAGGCCGACAGCCUGGACGAAGCCAUUUCUUUAAUCAACCGAAACCCUUACGGCAACGGCACGGCCAUCUUUACCACCAAUGGAGCCACAGCUCGCAAAUACACACACGAGGUGGACGUCGGCCAGAUUGGUGUGAAUGUGCCCAUCCCCGUCCCGCUCCCCAUGUUCUCCUUCACUGGCUCCAGAGGUUCAUUCAGAGGAGAUACCAACUUCUAUGGCAAGCAGGGCAUCCAAUUCUACACUCAGAUCAAGACUGUUACGUCACAGUGGAAGGCUGAGGAUGCCACUCUGACAAGCCCGGCUGUCACAAUGCCAACCAUGGGACGCUAAGCUAAACUGACAGUGCAUCUAACCUUCAGAGACUUCUUACAUGCCUUAAGAAGCCCAACGAGGGAUUGAAAGUGGUUACGAUAUCUUUUGAUUGGUCAAAUGUUCAUACUGAGGAUUAUUACUUAGUGACUGUGCAGCAAAGAAAACGAAUGUCAGGAUUUACAAAGUUAAAACAAAUACCGGUCACAAUUUACAUCUUUAGAAGUGAAGAUAAAAAAUUGGACUUAAUCAGGGAUGCUGUGAAUCUGUACAUUGGUUUAUUGUGUAUUUUUUUUGAACCCAUUUUUCUCCUCACUUCCUGUACAGAGCAGUGGGAUCAUGACUUCAUAGUGGCUAGUCCUUUUUCAUGAUCCGUUGAGUGCUGUGAAAGCACAAAGAUCAGCGAUUCUGACGCUGAGUAGUUACAGCAAAUGUCUUCCACUGUUAUCCCCUGUGUGUUUCAUUAGCUUCAUCGGUUCAAUAUGUGAAUAGACAAAAGCCUACAUGAGAACAUGGACACAGACAUUUCCUCACUUCAGUGAAACUGACAUAAUGGUUUGAGCACUUGCUUUUUACAUGAUCAGUGUACCCUGCUGUAUACUGUCCAAUGCUGAGAUUAGUGUGCGUGUCAAAUUAAAGUUCACAGUUUUGUACUGUACUGUCAUAGUAUUGGUCAUGGGUUUAAUACAUUUCAUAUCAGAUAUAUUCUUUAUUAUUAACCAGUUUCAUUUAUAGUAUGAAACUGUUAGUGCUGCAGUUACAGUGUGGCUACUUGACUGUUUGAAUAAAGCCACUAUAACAGGA